CUACUCUGAUGGUCAAACCGUUCUGAGUGUAGAAGCUAGAAGAGCAGGAAAGCCAGAAUUAUGAGCCAGCCAGUGUCCGAUGGGUUACUUCAGCUUGUCAGACGAUGCAACAGUUUCAGUGUUAAAGACAGCGUGAAAACAUGCAAGAAGUUUUUUGUAGAAGGGAAACAGGUAGGACUGAUUCGAUCAAGUUUUGGGGAACAAAUGAAAAAGUUUCCAGAUACGUUUACUUUCUCGCCUGAUGGGCAGGAGAUACAUCUAUCAGACAGUUUAACAACAGUGGAACAGAGAACUGACAAUCUAGAUGCUGUGCUACAGAAGCUGAGACAAGACCACACAUUUAUGGGCUUGAGAGGCUGGAGAGAUGAGAAAUACGAUGUGAGGCAGAAAUAUGAAGACAAAACGCUGUUACGGAUGGAGAGAUCGGCUACAUGUAUGAGGUUUCUAGACGCUCUGUUUGGAGUUUUACAAUACGGCACACACAUCAAUGGUUAUACAUAUAGGAAGGAUGGUCAGAUGAUGAUGUGGAUAGCACGCCGUUCUCCCACUAAACCCACCUGGCCUGGAAAACUGGACAAUAUGUGUGCAGGUGGGUUAGCAUCAGGCUUGGAUGUUCUCACGUGUGCAAAGAAAGAGUGUGAGGAAGAGGCAUCAGUUUCGUCAGAACAACUAGAAAAACUGAAGGCCGUAGGGACAAUUAGCUAUUUCUAUCAGGAUGAGCGUGGGUUGUUUCCUGAAACACAGUUUCUGUUUGACCUUGAGUUGCCGAGUGACUUCACUCCAGUCAAUGCUGAUGGAGAAGUUGCAGGAUUUCAACUAUUAUCCAUCCCAGAGGUUAGAAAGCUGAUUGUUUCAGAUAGUUUCAAGCCAAAUUGUGCGCUAGUCAUCAUGGAUUUCUUGAUACGAUGGGGAUUUGUCUCUGCUGACAAUGAGCCUCACUAUGCCAUGCUGGUAGAGGGUUUGCAUUAUCCCCUUCAGAGUGUGUAUAGCUGAAGAGUAUGGAUGUAGUAACAACAACACCACAAGUGCUGAAAGAGAAGUUUUAACAAGGGAGAAAUGGAGUGUUGUUAAAAGGUGUUGAAAACCUGAGCAUUGUUGUUAUUGUGACAAAGUAUCAGAAAGGAUGGGAAUCUUGUCCCGGAGGAUAGAUAUGGUACAGUUCCCAGUGUACAAACCAAUGGGGAUCAUAUAGACCUAUUAAAUACACGAGUAGUUGGCUGAGAGUUAUGUGCUAGCAAUAGGUUAGGCACCUCCUAUACUCCUGUUCACAGGGCCAGUACAGAUUAAGGAUAAUUUGAAUGUAUUUAAUAAUUGACAGUGUAUAUUAAAACACCUGUUGUUCAUGCAUAUGUCGCUAUAUUAAGGCUCUGGAUACCAGUGGAUACCUUUGAUGUGUCUGGCAGUGAGGUUGUGUGCAUACAUAUGGUAGUAUGUAAAGGGUCAGAGAGAUGACUUAAUUCCCAUGCCGUGAAAAAAAUGUUGCAUAAGACAGAGCAACUGUCAAAUGGUAGAUAAAUAUACUGUUGUCGACUUGUAAAUCUUCAACCUUUUCAACCACUAAAACACUUUAAAUCAGUGGAGUUUUUGCUUACAGUUAUAAUAAAACUCACCCUAACAUGAUUCAUUUGUGUCACUAAAAACGUCAUAAAAUUGUGGAAACCCUUUCUCUACUCCUGAUAGUUCUCUCAGAAUGUUUCAAAAUAUUGGUUGCAGAAACAGGUGAAAAGGUUGAAGAGUUAGGGUAGGUUCAAUGAUAAAUAAUGAAGAAGUCCAGGCGUGACCAGGUAAAUGUAAAAGGUUUCACAAGCUUUCGACCCACAUGCCAGGAUCUUCAUCACGCAAGAUCUUGGUCUUUGGGUCAAAAACUUGUGAAACUUUCUACAUUUAUGUGGGAAUCUCUCAACUUUAUUACUAUUAGUAAGUAAGUAGUGAGAACUAUUUACUAAAAUCUUCUUUGUCAAAAAGUGUUCCAUUAUCCAAUGCCAAGAGUGUAUGAUUUUUUAUGGGUCCUAAUGGUAAUGGGUUUGUUUUAAUCUCUCAAUAAUGAGGAUGCAUUUUAUUAACUUUUAAAUACAUGGCGCAUUUUUUGCUCAACU